GGCUAGGUGGCAGCAUCACCAUCACCACAUUAGGCACCACACUAGGUCUGCUGCUACCUCUCCUGCACUCACUAUCACACUGGAGAGAGGGAGACAAGCGGGACGAGAUAUAGUGUGAAGGAGAAAAAGAAGGAGGAGGAGAGAAACAGAGGGAGGGUGUGUGUGAGAAAGAGAGGCUGUAGGGAAGCCUAGCUAGGCGGAAGAGAGCAAAAAAGGAAGGGUAAAAGAGAUAAGGGGGCCAAACGAACAACAGGAUGGCAGAGCCGGAGCUGAAACCAUGGAACAGCCAGGAGAGCUUGAAGACGGCAACCGAGGGCCAGGAGAAGAUGGAGGCUGAGGCGGCUCCGGACAACACUGACCAGCCUCCGUCGCUGGACAAGCUUCCAUUCAAGCCUGCCUCUCCAUCCACCCUUACCCCUACGGCUGCUGAUGCCAUGGAAGCCACCACCCCUACCGCAGAGGCCUCCUCCCCAGCCAAGGUGGCAGGCGGCAAGAUUGAACUGAAGCGCAGCAUCACGCUCUUUAACGGUGUGGGCAUGAUCAUUGGCACCAUCAUCGGCUCGGGCAUCUUCAUCACACCCACCGGGGUGGUUAAGGAGGCGGGCUCGGCCGGUCUUUCGCUAGUGGUGUGGGCCGUGUGUGGUGUGGUGUCCACCAUGGGUGCCCUAUGCUAUGCCGAGCUGGGUACCACCAUUACCAAGUCGGGCGGAGACUACACCUAUAUCCUGGAGGUGUACGGUGAGCUGGCCGCCUUCCUCAAGCUGUGGGUGGAGAUGCUGAUCAUCAGGCCGUCCUCCCAGUACGUGGUGUCGUUGGUGUUCGCCACCUACCUGCUCAAACCCCUCUACCCAAACUGCAGUGUGCCCGAUAGUGCCGCAAAGCUCAUCGCUUGUCUCUGCCUCACAUCGUUGACCUUUGUGAACUGCAUCAGCGUGCGGGCUGCCACCAAGGUCCAGGACUUGUUCACUGUGUCCAAGCUCCUGGCCCUGAUCAUCAUCAUCAUCUUCGGCUUCAUUCAGAUCGGAACCGGUGAUGUGCCAUACCUGACACCAGAAUUAGCAUUUGAAGGCAGCAAAUGGGGAGUCGACAACAUUGUGUUGGCUCUAUACAGUGGACUCUUUGCUUUUGGUGGAUGGAAUUACCUGAAUUACGUGACAGAGGAAAUGAUCAAUCCAGAGAGAAACCUGCCCCUGUCCAUCAUUAUCUCCAUGCCCAUUGUGACCGUGGUGUACGUACUGACCAACCUGGCCUAUUUCACCACUAUCCCCCCGAGUGUGAUGGUUGAGUCCGAGGCAGUAGCUGUGAUCUUUGGGGAAUACCAUCUUGGUGUGAUGUCCUGGCUCAUCCCUGUCUUCGUGGGCCUGUCCUGCUUCGGCGCUGUCAACGGAAGCCUGUUCACCUCGGCGCGGCUGUUUUAUGCUGGCGCUCGAGAGGGUCAGCUCCCUGCUGCACUGGGAUUGGUCCACACUGACCUCUUCACCCCAGUGCCCUCCCUAAUUUUCACAUGUUUCCUGUCCAUGCUUUACGCCCUGUCCAAGGACAUCUUCUCGGUUAUCAACCUGUUCAGCUUCUUUACCUGGUUGUGUGUGGGCAUGGCGAUCGCCGGCUUGCUGUGGCUCCGCUGGACCAAGCCAGAGCUCAGGAGGCCCAUCAAGAUUUGGUUGGUGGUCCCUGUGGUGUUUGUGCUGGGCUGUGUCUUCAUGAUCGUGGUGUCCUUCUGGGCAGCUCCCUUCGAGUGCCUGAUAGGCAGUGGGAUCAUCCUCACUGGUAUCCCCGCCUAUCUUCUGGGGUACAAGUGGAAGAAGCCCCACAUUGUAAAGAAGAUCUUAGAGAUCUUUACUCUGUUCUGCCAGAAGAUUUUUAUGUCCGUUCCAGAAGAACGUGAAGAGAAGGAGUCAGCUGAAGUAGCUGAAGAAGUCGAAACAACAAAGGAUGACUGAGUCAAUGUUUUAGUUGGAACAUUACAUGUUUACACUCAUUGUUGCUUUUGUUACAGAGUUCCAUGUAAAGUAGGGGUUUAUGCGAAUUGCUUCAGUGUACAUAUUUUUUGUAUUUUACAUGCAGUUUCUUACUGUAUUGUCUCUUUGAAUUCUCUCCAGCAAUUCAAUUCCACUUUUCAGUGAUAUAGUUUACUUUCAAACUUUGUCACAUUUUUCCUAAACUAACCUUUUUUACAUUUCAUAUGUUGUAACCUAUUUUGCACAGUAUUCAAUAGGCCUGAAUUAAGCUAAAAAGGAAAAUCUAUUUCUAUUAACAAAAGUCAUAUAUGUGUUGGUAUGUUCUCUAGACAAUCAUCCAAUCAUCUUUGAUAAUGUGUACAAUACCCUGCUUUGUCUUAAAACGGUCUUCAUCGAACUAAAGAUCAUUUCAUAUUUGACUUAUGAAUCAUAUAACUAUUAACCCCCCCCCCCUUUAACUGAAGGUAUGUCUUUAACUCAGUGUAGUUGAAGGAACUAGCUACUGGUUACCUAAAUUGAUUGAACAAUGGCCAUCAAUCUGUGAUAAACCCAUUAUUUUAUUCAGGUAACUCAUACCACACAUUCUGUAAACUACCUUAAUUUCCCUUUGACAUGAUUGCACUCAUGAUAACAAUUAGGAUUUUAACAUCUAGUUGUGCACUGUAUUGCUACAAUCAAUUUUAAAUCCAUUGUUUGGAACACAGUUAUAUCCCAUUCUCAAAUUCACUUUGAAACAUUUUCAAAUAAUUCACUUAUUUAUUCGACAGAUUACUAUUUGAAGCACAUUUGUGCAAAGUGGAUUUCUGAUAUGACAUCUGAUGUGUUGCCUUAAGAUUGAUGUCACACAAGUCAGUUGCUUGUAUUGAUACCCCAUGCCCUGUAUACAUAAAGGCAUGUCAAACCAUGCCUUUAUGAAAUCUACCGGUUUCCAUACAUUUAAAACCAUUAUAUUCGGAGAUUACAUUUGAUGUUUUUUUAUUUAUUGUUUGUACAGAUACCAUGCCAGAAAUGUGAUUAUCAACAUUCAGUCAACAUUACAAUUUUGCUACUGA